ACCUACUUUAUCACAGGAAACAAGAUGGCAAUGUCUGCAGAAGAAGAAAUACCGGCGAUGGCCCAGCACUAUUUGGUUUGUGGCACUGAAGACUGUAAGAGGAACUGUCAGUUCUAUUGCAAUCCUUGUCACCAAAGAUUGUGUGAAAGAUGCAGAGAUGAACAUCAGAAGAGUCCAGAUACCAAGGAACAUGAAGUGGUCACAUACAAACAACGCAAACCACAACUUCCAGAGGAGAAAUGCAAUCUCCAUCCAAAACGAAAUGUAGAAAUUCUUUGUAAGGAAUGUAAUGUCCCUCUUUGCGCUAAAUGUAUCUUCAUGAAAGAGCACACCGGCCAUCAACUUGACGAUCUGGAAGAAAAAUACGCAGAAAAGGUCGCAUUUUGCAGAUCAGAAAUCUCCAAAAUCCAAGAGUAUUACCUCUCAACAUCACAAGGUUUAAAAAAAGAGAUUAGAGAAGAUGUCAUGGAAAUAAAGAAGACUAUGGACAACAUCAGAAAUUCCAUAAAGGCUGAAGCGGAGUCUCUGAAAGAGCUGGUGGAUAGGGUAACAUCAGACAAAUUGGAACAAGCCAAUAAAAUAGAAGAAACACUUCUCAAAACAUUAAAUUUACAGGAAAAAACUUAUGAGGACUACACUGAAUAUCUUGAAAAACUUCUGAAGGAGUUUCACAGGUACAAGUCCAUCACCAAUUUCAGAGUUUUAUUUUCUGAGGAUUUUGAUAAAUUGAAAAUCCAGUCCAUACCAGAGACAACACAGCCUGUCCUACCAGUGUUUACUGCUGGCCAGUUCUACAAAGACGAUGUUUCUAAGUUGCUUGGUAGCGUAAAUUUUCCGAACAUCAACCCUGAUAAUAGAAGAAUAAAACCCAUGGAGACUGUCUCUACACAGUUGAAACUUACAGGGAAACAGACGAGACGAGACGCAGAGAAAUCUGACGUGAAACAAACACUGUCUCUGUUUCCCUCUGUCACCGAGGUCAGGGAGUACAAAGUACCAGGUGUUAAGGGUGUAUGCCAUAUAUCACUAGGUAAAUCAGGCAGACUCUGGGGCAGUGAUGUUAGUGGUAACCUUGUCCAUACAGAUCUACAGGGGAAUCAGAUACAGAAGAUACAAACCAGUGGUGGAUAUGGCUAUCACACAGUCAGACAGGACGGAUAUCUGAUCUUUACAGACAACAAGAACAAAGUCAUCAAUAGGAUAAAACAGAAUAAUACAAUCACUGAAUUUAUUAAAACAGGAGAUUGGGGACCAAUCAGCAUACACUCCUCCCGCAUCAAUGGGGACAUACUGGUGGGGAUGAUAAAGGAUGGAGAGGCUAAAGUCACCAUGUACAACAAGACAGGAAAAGAAAUACAGAGCAUACAGAGGGACAACAAAGGACAGGGACUGUAUAGUGAUCCACACUACAUCACAGAAAACAUCAAUGGAGAUAUCUGUACAUCAGACUAUAGCAAAGAAGUUGUAGUGGUAGUAAAUAAAUCAGGACAACACAGGUUCUCCUACACAGGUCAGGGGUCACGGUUUUAUCCCUAUGGUAUCUGUACUGAUCUUCUUGGUCACAUCAUUGUCUGUAACGGUUGUUUUGGUAAUGAUUCACUUGACAUCAUUGAUCAGGACGGUCAGUUCUUGUCUCUACUACGCACACAACAACAAGGGAUACAUCCCCGUGGUGUAUGUGUCGAUGACAAGAACAAUCUCCAUGUGGGACGAUAUAUCACCACCACAGUGACAGUCUACAAGUAUCUACAGUAAAUCUUCAACGUAAAGAUUUAUGUCAGCCGUCAUUCAACAGCAUUUGUAUAUAAGACAUUUAUUCUGUCUUCGAUCUAAAUCAUUGGGAAUGUUGUAUCAACGUGCGUGUAGUAAAAUGCAUUUGCUAUAACACUAAAUAAACUGAAAACAAGAAAGCUACCACCAUUGUUCAUGAAUACGCCCGCCAUGGCGUGAAUUUUUAUAUAUUUUUAAAGUACAUUCCUGCGGGAUAUGAAGGUAGCGACAUUGCAGGAAAAAUACAUAACCCGCGUUAGCGGCCGGUUAUGUAAAUUUUUCCUGCAAUGAUCGCUACCUUCAUAACCCGCAUGAAUCAUCAA